GCUGUAGCACAUUAAAGAUAGAUAAUGCCCAAUAACAAUUCUACAAUUUGCUUCAUUCAUUUCAUUCGUUCCAGCAGCUCAGUUAGUUCACAUCGUCACCUAGCAAUCACCUGUAGGUUCAAACCACACAGACAGAGAGAAAUGACAGCAUUAGCAUUAUCCAGAUUAUCGGCCAAGUUGCUCGCCAGGAAGCCUUUCCACAGUACUUUUAAAAUAUCCGCCCGCAAUCUCAACCUAUUGGAGUAUCAAAGCAAAAAGCUUCUAGCGGAGAGCGGAGUUGCAAUCCAAGCUUUCCGGGUGCUGGAGGGAAAGAAGGACGAAAAUGUUUUGAAGGAUUUCAACGUCAAUGAGUAUGUCGUCAAAGCACAGAUUCUCGCCGGCGGCCGGGGUAAAGGUCACUUUGAUAACGGUUUCAAGGGAGGCGUCCAUUUCACUAAGGACCGCUCACAGGUGAUUCCCCUUGUCGAACAAAUGGUCGGCCACAGGUUGAUAACCAAGCAAACGCCCAAGGAUGGUAUUAUGGUCAAGCAAGUGAUGGUGGCAGACAGUAUCAACAUCGCCCGCGAAACGUACCUCUCAAUUGUGAUGGAUCGCGAACACAAUGGACCAGUGCUAAUUGCGUCGCCUGCCGGUGGAAUGGACAUCGAAGCGGUAGCCGCGGAAACCCCGGAGAAAAUCCAUACCAUUCCGAUUUCAGUGUCGACCGGAAUCACCCAUGCCCAAGCGGAAGAAGUGGCUCGUUUUCUCGAAUUCAAGGGACCCCUGGUGGAGCGGGCAGCCGCAGAAAUCGAAAAAUUGUACCAACUGUUUGUCAAGGUAGACGCAACGCAAAUUGAAAUCAAUCCACUGGCGGAAACCGACGAUGGGCGUGUGAUUUCAGUUGAUGCCAAACUGAACUUUGACGAUAAUGCUCAGUUCCGGCAGAAGGAUAUCUUCGCGAUGGAAGUUCACGAGGAUAUCGAUCCAAAGGAGGUAGAGGCUCACAAAUAUCACCUGAACUACAUCGCAAUGGAAGGCAAUAUCGGUUGCUUGGUAAAUGGAGCUGGUUUGGCCAUGGCCACAAUGGACAUCAUCAAGCUGAACGGUGGCAGUCCAGCAAACUUCCUGGACGUCGGUGGUAGCGUUAAGGAGGACCAGGUGCUGAAAGCAUUCCAAAUUCUGACUUCCGACCCGAAUGUGAAGGCCAUCCUGGUGAACGUGUUCGGCGGAAUCGUCAAUUGUGCCACCAUUGCCAACGGAAUCGUGAGUGCCUCAAAAAUCAUGGGACUGAAGGUACCGCUGGUGGUGCGGUUGGAGGGAACCAACGUGGAUGCCGCCAAGAAGAUACUGAACGAGUCUGGACUGAAGAUCGAAUCUGCUCACGAUCUGGACCAGGCGGCCAAGAUGGCAGUGAAAGCGCUGGGUUGACGGUAAGUUAUUAGCCUUUUUUUAUAAGUUUUAACACGAGAUCGUAUAUAGGAUUGUUCGUCCAGCAUAUCCG